GAAAAUUCGCGAAGGUUCUUGAAACGGAACUGGUCGUUUCCGGAAGCUGGCGGCUGCCGCCACCGUCAGAGCAGCGCCCGCGACAGGAGAGCGGUGAACGCGUCCCGCUGCGUCUCCUGGUGUUUGGGUCUUGCCUGCGACGGAGGAAAAAAAAAAGAUGGCCUUGCUGUGCUACAACCGGGGCUGUGGCCAGCAUUUCGAUCCCGAGAACAAUUCUGAUGAUGCUUGCACAUACCACCCAGGUGUUCCGGUCUUUCAUGAUGCAUUAAAGGGUUGGUCUUGCUGUAAGAGAAGAACAACUGAUUUUUCUGAUUUCUUAAGCAUUGUAGGCUGUACAAAAGGCAGGCACAGCAGUGAAAAGCCCCCAGAGCCUAUCAAGCCUGAAGUCAAGACUUCUGAGAAGAAAGAACUCUCUGAAUUGAAACCUAAAUUUCAGGAGCACAUCAUUCAAGCCCCCAAACCAGUAGAAGCAAUAAAAAGGCCCAGCCCAGAUGAACCAAUGACAAAUUUGGAAUUAAAAAUAUCUGCUUCCUUAAAACAAGCACUUGAUAAACUUAAGCUGUCAUCAGGGAAUGAAGAAGAUAAGAAAGAAGAAGAUAGUGAUGAAAUUAAGAUUGGAACCUCAUGUAAAAAUGGAGGAUGUUCAAAGACAUAUCAGGGUCUACAAAGUCUAGAAGAAGUCUGUGUUUAUCACUCUGGAGUACCUAUUUUUCAUGAGGGGAUGAAAUACUGGAGCUGUUGUAGAAGAAAAACUUCUGAUUUUAACACAUUCUUAGCCCAAGAGGGCUGUACAACAGGGAAACACAUGUGGACAAAAAAGGAUGCUGGGAAAAAAGUUGUUCCAUGUAGGCAUGACUGGCAUCAGACUGGAGGUGAAGUCACCAUUUCAGUAUAUGCUAAAAAUUCACUUCCUGACCUUAGUCGAGUAGAAGCAAAUAGUACAUUGUUAAAUGUGCACAUUGUAUUUGAAGGAGAGAAGGAAUUUCAUCAAAAUGUUAAAUUAUGGGGUGUGAUUGAUGUAAAGCGAAGUUACGUAACUAUGACUGCGACAAAGAUUGAGAUCACCAUGAGAAAAUCUGAGCCUAUGCAGUGGGCAAGCCUUGAACUGCCUGCAACCAAGAAGCUGGAAAAACAAAAAGAAGAUAGAACAAAUUGAGUGGAAGAGGAACAAAAGCUAUUACCUGUUUCAGAAUUCUUACUGUGUGAAGUGGUUGCUUGCUGCUGUAAUGUUUAUUCGUGUGUUGUUUCUGAAUCCGGCAUUUCAGGGUCAAGAUUAGUUUUUUUCAGCCAAAGUCCGUUUACUUUUUUGUGCCUCCCAUCUUCCUUUUGAGUUAGGUAAGAUUGAUUAGUCACUUCUCACUUACAGUACCAUGGUUGUGUCCUGUACUUGAAGAAGCUGGAAAAUAGCUCAUAAACACAGAGCAUCAGAGAAAUACUAAGCAACUUUAUUUUGCAUCUAUCCUACCA